ACCUGUCGCAGAGCGAGGUGAGUUACGCGAACAGUAUAUUUUUAUUGAUAUAACCUGCAAUUAUAUAGAGAAUAGUAUACGCGGUAUCAUUCUCAGCACGAGAAAAAAAUUCCGUAUUUCCAAGCAUCCGUGUAUUUUUGUUUUAUUAUAUAAUAAAAAAUUGUUUUUUGAGAAUUUUCUAACCCCUCAGGGCGCUUAUACCUGCUUCCUGAUUAGUGGAUCAAACACGAUAAUCGCACAGUGGUAUUAUUGCUUUUCACAAUGGCGGAUUUGCCAAUAAAACACUGCAUAUUCUAUAAUAAACGUGUUUUUAUCUAACAACGCCGGCCCAUAGUCAUAGAAGUAAGAAUAUGAUGCGGUAGUACAUUAAUAGCAUGGCACUGUAAGGCAGAAUUUCUAAUUUCAAAGUAGCCAUAUGACAAUACAUGUGUCGCAAUAUUAUUUUUCUAAAUUAUAUUUAUUGCUUUUGUCGACUUGUUUUGUUUUUUUGCCUAUUUGCGUUGAUCAGUCGCCGGCGUCAGACAAAUUGCCAUAAUGGAGAACAAUUAAUCAGCAAGAUAUAUAUUGUGUUUAGCUCCGUCUUUUUUAACGAUCAUACAGAUUUUCAAGUGAGAAAAAGUUACAAAAAUACCGCGCCAAUCAAAGUGAUUUUUGGUCGAAAAGUUUCAUUAUUUCACUUAUUGGAAAAUUGCAAGUUGGUCGUUUAUUAUAUAAUUGUGUGUCUACUGUCUUAAAUUUGAUCAACUUAAGUAAACAUUUAGAUUUUGACCUGAAAGUGUUUGAUAACAUGAGCUGUCUUCUUAUACACGCGGAAAAACAAAAUAUUGUCACUGGUAUAUUCUUUAAAUUGUCGAACGUGUUUUACUGCCUCUUCGCGAAAAUCCUUCGCCUUGAAAAUGAUUUUGAACACUUAAAUUAACACGCAGGUGGCAAAGUGGAAACAGCUGGUGUUAAAUUAAUAUUUUUAAAGUUUCUUGGUUGCAAAAGCGUCAUAAAUAUGCAUGCAUGCAUAUUGCUUUUAAACUUUUUAUCGACAAGAGGGAAGACGGCCAACUGCAUGUGUGCCAACUCACAACAGUUUUCCUUUAAAUAUUAUGUUGUGUGUAGAAACUCGUCGAUUGAGUCUGUGAUAUUGAGUGAGUGAUGAUGAGUCGGUGAGGACGUCAUUGACAUUGUAAUUGUAAACGUUGAAGUACUGUAGUUUUUGCAUAAAAUCGUCGAGGUUUACCUUGUACAUCAUUUCACCGAAUUUCGAAUGUCGAUGUAAAAUAUUUUCAGCCGACAACUUUACAGUAACAGUGUUAUUUAUUUCGGAACUCGUGAUUUAACGAUAGAAGAAGAGUCCAGCUUACUUGUAGAAAUGAAAAACAGAAAAACUGUGUGCGAAAUUUAACUUGAUAUACUGAGGCGGGACCGAUUUGAAUUGGAUCGAAGUUAUCGUAAAUCUUGCUAGAAAUUCAUGGCUGAACUGAACACUACGAUUGCGGGUGAAGUAAAACGGUGCAACAUUUCCUUCGUAACCUUUUACUGGACACUGCCAGCAACCGGCGUUCAUCUUUACACCAAUAUAGCACUCAUAGCUAUUUGCUUGUUAGUGUCUCUUUUUGGAAUCAUCGCAAAUGUUUUUGUUGUAAUCUGCUACGUGAAGAACCCUCGUGUACGCACGUUGUCCAAUAUCCCGCUACUUUCGGUGGCUUUCAGCGAUUUGCUGGUGAGCGCCGUAGUACUGCCCCUCCUCGUGGCAAAGUUUAUCAAGGAGAUAUACGGUACACGUAAUUGUAUUUUAUGGGCUUCCAAGGGGCUUGCGACGUAUUUCUUAUUUGGGGUUUCGCUGUUGUCCGUAACUGUUAUAAGCGCUGAACGCUUCAUCACUUUGGCGUAUCCUUACCAGUAUCAAGCGAUUCUGACAAAGAUUCGCAUGAACGUGGUUGUUGCAGCAGUUUGGAUUGCGACCUUUGUUGUGGUAAUUUCGAACAUUGGCUUGAUAUCGUUCAAGGUUCUUCAGGCAAUUGCCACCUUGACUAUAGGGCUAUGUAUUUUCUUCAUUCUUGUAAGUUGGAUCUGGGUUUACAAGCUGCUUAAAACCCAUGUAAGAAAGAUCAACACAAACCAUAGGCCAUCGGUCGUAUCGAAGCCGGAGACCUCGCAACGGCAAUCAUACAGAAACACUGGUGCUAGUGGUGUCAUUGUCUUUGGUCUUAUAAUCUCCUAUAUUCCCUCCGUUGUCAUGCUUGUUUACUUCUGGACCGAACCGGAAAGCUUCACGGGAAUCUAUCUUGUGUCUCCUUGGGGUGAAACGUUUCUCCUCUCGCAUUCAUUGUUCAACCCACUGUACGUAUUUUGGAGGAAAUCCGCCUUCAGGGAAACCGCUGCAAGUUUUAUUCGUCGAUUUACAUGCCACGCACGACAGAUCGACGGACGAAUAAGUAUUGAUUUGAGCAAGAAUAGCAUGCAAACUCAAUCACUAGCUGCAGUUAUAUAAAAGAAGAACACUGUGAAGUUUUGUAAGGAAGUGUUGUAAAAUGGCAUGCAGUGACUAAAAUAUAUAGCUUUGCGAAUUUUGUAAACGGUUGUAUUACAAUCCACUUGAUAUAACUGAUGUUAUAUAAUGUUUUAACUUCGUUGUUUACUUUACAAAUUUUUUUGCAAUUUUGUUUUGCUCUAUAUAGCACACGGGUGAUUGAUUUGCCCAGCGUUAAUAUUCUUUGACACGUUAUAGAUUGUGCUACCAGGCUACCCUUCCAAGCUGUCCGCUUGUAGCAGACCGACCUGCUAUCAUUUACUGCAUGUCACGCAAGGUGUCGCGCCAAUUAUCCAAAAAACGGUGUCAAAAGUUUUUGGGUUU